AUGGUGAAGUGCUCACACACUUUUCCUGAAAACCGGAGGGUAGAACUACUUGUUCUUUUUGUUUUACUCAUGGGCUGCACUUCCAGCCAAGCAGUUAUCAAGAAACCAGAAUCCAAAAAUCAGCAUCAUGAUAGAGAAAUGCCAAACCAGGCUAGAAGAGAGAAAAUAUUUCUUGGCACAGAUAGCCUCGUCUCACAAGGGGGGUCAGCAGAUGCAGAUGAUUCCUGUGGAAGAGGCUUGCCAGAAGAUGGGAUGAAGGGAUCCCAGUCCAUCAAAGAACAAAGCAAAAGUCAACAUAUGGGUGCCAUUAAAUCACUUAGCAAGCUAGAAACAGAAAGACAGACAUCAUCAGACAUUUUGGAAGAACUUCGGAUGCAAGGAAUAAUCAAGACUUCAUGCCCAACCACUAAAAACAGAACUGCAGAAGAUACCAUGCUGGUGCCUGCAGAAAGGACACCACAAAAACCACCAGCCAAACUGGAAAAGCUUGAACUUAAACAGAAGAAAUUGCAUGCUUUAUCAACAGAAGACUUUGAAAAUAAGACAAGAGAAGAGCAACUGAAAACUGAAAAAAGCAACGGACUAGAAUUGCUGACUGAUAGAUCGUCACCAAUAAUUCCUCCUAAAAGGGGAGUACAGAUAGGCAGUUCUAUAAUUACAACAACUCCCAAUAGUUUUCAAUUGCCACCUUUAAGUGUGGGGACAGAAACCUGGCCAGAGAAGGAAGAACUAGAUGACAAUAUAAACAAUGACUUUGAAGAUUUUACAAUGGUGGAGUCAGAUAUCACUUAUAAUACAAUUGAUGGAGUAUUCUAA